CAGACGACUCACUCGGUCCUUCCACCACUCGUAUCAUGACGGGCAAGCGACCACACGAGACCAACGGCGAGGGCAGCGAUGUCAAGCGACAACGUGCGGGCGAUGGAUCGCCUCUGCCCGUCCGGCAAUUGGACGGCGAGAGCGACCUGGAGCGCAGGAAGAGAGAAACCGCGGAGAAGAUCGCUGCGAUGAAAGCAAGAAUUGCUGCCAACAAGCCAAAUGGAGGCGCGAGUGCACCUCCAGCACCGGCACCAGCGGCGGCACCUCCUGCUUCAGCGGACGAUCAGGCAGCGAAAAAGGCAGAGGUCGCUGCAAAAAUUGCUGCCAUGAAAGCGAAGAUGGCAGCAAAGAAACCUACACCUGUGAAUGGUGCUGCUGCUCCACCUCCGCCAGCACAGAAGGAGCCCAAAGAAUCUGCACCCUGGAUGCAAGAAGCAAGGCGCCGCGCAGAGGGAAUUGCUGCAUCCAGGCGAGCCGCUCCUGUCAUACCCACCCCUCCACCCAGGAACGAAGGACGAGGUGCAACAGGUGGUCUGGGAGUAGGAAUACACCCCUCGUUACUAGGAGAUACUGGUGGUGAUAGAGGCAAGCCCGGACAGCAGGGACCCAAAUUCAGCACUACCAAGGGCAAUCGUCAACCAGAAAAGCCUAAAAUCAACCCAUAUCUCGAUGCGCAGCCCGAUGAAGAAGAGGGCGUGGAGGACUCGACUUUUGCGCCAACCGCACGCAAAUACGCCGAGCGUAAGAGCAGACAGAUUCAGUUCAGCGAGAAGGGCAAGUAUAUGGCCCAGGCGAAUGCGUUCCGUCAGCAAGCCAAGCUGGAGGAGAUGAAGCGGAGAAUUGCUGCAGAGACGCGGAAGACGCAAAUAGAGGAGGCAUCCGAUAAAGCAUACCUCGUGCCUGAGCCGCCCGAAGUGGAGUGGUGGGAUGAAGGUCUUCUGCCUGAAGGCCAAAACAGCUAUGAAAACUGGGAGCAAGAAGGACGGAACAAAAUCGAAGUUGAGGACAGUAUUAUCACAGCUCUGAUCCAGCGACCGGUCUUACUCGCCGCGCCACAGGACAAGUUCGCGCCCGCGCCCAAACCCCUCAUGCUUACCACGAAAGAGCAGAAGAAAUUGCGGAGGCAGCGAAGAAUGGCGGACAUGAAGGAAGAACAGGCUAAGAUUCGUCUCGGUUUGGUUGAGCCACCUCCACCAAAAGUCAAAAAGUCAAACAUGAUGCGCGUUCUGGGAGAACAGGCUGUGAAGGAUCCUACUGCAGUCGAAGCUCGUGUGAACCGUGAAAUUGCUCAAAGAGCUCACGACCACGAGGUUGCAAACGAAGAGCGCAAGCUGACCCCGCAACAACGUGCGGAGAAGUUGAAGCAACAGCAAGCUGGAGAUGAAGCAAAGGGCAUCAAGAUUGCUGUCUUUCGCGUGGAUGACCUCAGCUCCGGGAAACAUCGAUAUCAGCUUGACAUCAACGCAAAACAAAAUGGCAUUACUGGCAUGGUCAUUCUGAAUCCCACGCUUAACCUGGUCAUUGUGGAAGGUGGCGUGCACAGCAUAAAGAACUACAAGAAGCUCGUCUUGAACCGCAUUAAAUGGACCGAGAACACCGCACCUCCCCCGGAUAGUGCGCCAACCACGUUCACUGGAGCCACUGAUGGCUCUGUCGCAAAUGUGACAGACGGCACACGGGGCAAAGGCAGCAAAGCUGCUGAUUGGUGUAACCCGCUGGACGAAGACGGCAACCUUAAGGAUCUUAGCUCAAACGUAUGCGAGCUCAUCUGGGAGGGAGAAGAAGCGACUAGAAGCUUCAAGCGCUGGGGCAGUAGAGCUUGCGAGACUGACGGCGAGGCCAAAGAUGUCUUGACGAAGACCAAAAUGGAGAACAUGUGGACACUGGCAAGGAGCAAACAAGGUCAAAAGCCGGCCUGGUAAGCAGUAUGCAGAGACGAGCCCAUGAGGUGCGUAGUGCACGUCCUCAAAGACGAAGCACCAAAUGAACUGAUGCGGCACAAAUGCACAUGCGCUGGGAUGAGAUGAUGUGCAGUUCGAAGUUAAGUCUCACCAUACAUACCCUGAUCGUUCGACCUCUGCUAAACCGCAUCGCCAUAUGUACAGAUCGUGCAAACUAGGUCCGACGUCUGUUCAUAGCGUUAGUGAACCUUGUAGUGCUAUGGAAGCA